AUGGCAGAGUCCGACCACCCCCAGCGGCGGUCGUCAUCCCAAGCCUCGAGCGCCUCAAGCAGGAGUCGAAAUGCUAAGACGGUUCGCGCCAAAGCCCAGAAACGCCACUCCGGCUCCUCGAACACAACCACGGAUCUAACCUCGUUUCCAUCCCUUUCACCACCCGACAAAGCCACCACCCUCAGCCGUGGCUUGACAAAUACUUUAUUAUCUGGCGAAGACGGAGAAGAGAUAAGUAGAAGUGGGCGGGGGCGGAAGGCGACAUUGGCGAAGCUUACAACUGGAGACUCUCACAAGUCUGGCCGGUCGGCCCUAUUCGCCGAUUCCGUCCUGACUCAGGAUAUCCCAGGCGCCCUGCAUUUGGCCGAUGAUGCGCAUAUUGAGCGUCUGGUUGCCAGUACAGGGGCCGUGAAGAUGGUGAGACAGUUUGCGCGCGACCUGGCUCAACGGGAUGCCGAGAUCUCGGCUCUCCGCCAACGUGCAGAUGCAAGGGAGCGAGAGCUGAAGAGAAUGCUCCGGGAGGUUUCUGUUAGCAAUCAGGAUAUUGAGCGUCGGUUGUAUCAAUUGGAAAAUCCUCCUGGUGACCGUGUCUCUGAUGGGGAAAGCAGUCACAAUAGUGAUCACGCUGGCCAGGCCUCUUCCGGGUUGAAUGGGCUGAUGUCACAAGCUAUGGAGGAUACUGUGGGUUCACGACCUACAGACGUUCAGUCUGAUCUCCAAGCUACAAUCCGGGCCCAGCGAGCGGAAGCUGAUGGCCGCGGUAGUGAUGGCAACGAGGCCAACCGGAAGCGCCAGAGCUCGAUUCGCGGUUGGCAAGAGUACAUCUUCGGCUCGACUAAUACCAGUCGCAAAACGAGUCGUGCUAGCAGUAUCAUGAGUGAUGUCGGGGAACAUGAGGAUGAAGAGACUGAGCGCCUUCGAGUGCCCAACAAUCCCUCGCGGCGCAAAGCUCUUGAUGAGCAGCUUUUCCAACCACCCGAUGCUCUAACACGGAUUGGUGGAUCAGCAAAGCGGAUCGCCAGCCCGUCAGUGAACGGGGACGAUGCAAGCACUCACUCGCGCAAAUCCUCGAGGUCAAUCGGCUCGUGGACUGUCAAGCUAUUCGCUGGCAAUCAGGCAAGCAAGGAUACAAGUGAUUCCGAGGCCAAUCAAAACAAGCCAUUAUCCAAAGUUCCGGGCGGAGAUCGAAGCGCUUCGUCUACUCUUUCGGGCAAAGGCGGAAUGUCGGCAGUAGCUGCAUUGAAAAGAAUAAAUAGCAAUGCCAGUAUGCCUUCUGUACGCUCUGCCAGUGGAAUGAGUGUCCAAGGCAAAAUGGGCUCUCCUGCCUCGCGAUGGAACCCAGCAGGCAGCGUGUCACAGGGUGCAGCAACUGAGACUACAGACCGAAGCUCUACCAAUCUCGGACCUGUCGAGAUGGAUGCCAUCUUGCCCAUGGAGUCGAAGCCUCCCACACUCACACCUAUUUACAACAACUCUCAGCCGGGUGAAUUUCUUACAGACCGCUUUGGGUUCAUCUAUGAUCAACGUCGAAAGAAGCGUCAAAGGGAAGCCAAUGCGUCCAAGAGCAGCAAUCACCCUUUGAGCAUUAGCGAGACUCUUGGUACCCUACGCAGUGAUGUUUCGGAUCCGGAAGACGACCCUGAUGUCCGAAGUCUUGCGCAGACAGCCCCUGAAACAACUCCCUCUUCUCCUGUCUCGCCGGACGACCCUGAAAGUGGAGCGAUUUCCAUCCGCCGUUGGCAGGACUAUUUGAAGAUUCCAUCCCGCCCUACAGAACUUCUGUCCCAUACGCCCUCUGCCGGACCAAUUAUCUCCUUGACUACCGCGGGAGAGAAUCGUCCUCACAGCUCGUCUGUCUCUGUUGACAAAGACGGGGCGUUGUCUGUUGGCUCUGUCGGACAGCCAUCAGCUUCGACAUCGGCCAUCACAGCUGACAGCCCCGAGUUCGCGGGCCUAUCAUCCGACCAAGCAAAUGACAUGGCUGCCAAGAUCUCAAUUGCGGAGACUGAACCAGUGAAGCUGUUGCUAGAACAACUGACAGAGCUCCACGAUACACUGCAGCGCGACCGAACCGUGCGAUGGAACGAAUUUCUCCGCAAGGUGCGCGCAGAACGCCGAAAAGAAGGCGAAGCUGCAGCCGCUGCAGCAACCGACCGGUCUGUAGCUGCAGUUGAUACGCCAGAGGCCUCACUUGCAGAUGGCGAGGUUGUGGGCAUCGCCGGUCUGGGCAACAAGGGCAAGGUUGGUCGAGCAAAGUGGCGCGAGUUCCGGCUGCUUGUACUCGGCGGUAUCCCAGUCGCUCUUCGUGCCAAAACUUGGUCAGAAUGCAGUGGCGCUUCUGCCAUGCGAAUCCCCGGGUACUAUGAUGACCUUGUCCAUAGUGUUGGUGGGUCGGAGCCUGAUCCAUCUGUUGUAUCACAGAUCGACAUGGACAUCCGUCGCACUCUUACCGACAAUGUCUUUUUCCGCAAGGGUCCUGGUGUCGGCAAACUUAAAGAGGUGUUACUUGCAUACUCGCGUCGUAACCCUGAAGUCGGCUACUGUCAGGGCAUGAACCUCAUAGCUGGGUCACUACUGCUCAUCAUGCCGACUGCUGAAGAUGCAUUCUGGAUUCUGACUUCAAUGAUCGAAAUUAUACUCCCCCAACACUACUAUGAUCAUGGAUUGCUGGCCUCUCGGGCCGACCAGGUUGUCUUGCGGCAGUACAUUUCGGAGCUACUUCCCAGGCUUUCAGCUCACCUGGAGGAACUGGGAAUUGAACUAGAGGCGCUCACCUUCCAAUGGUUCCUUUCAGUCUUUACAGACUGUCUCUCCGCGGAGGCGCUCUAUCGCGUAUGGGAUGUUGUCCUAUGUCUCAACGUGACCAGCGCUGUCAACGGCUCCGGACCCACUACCAAUACGAAGGAAAGCAAUGACAAGACCCCCAAGGUAGCCGAAGAUAUCGCCUCCGGCAGCGGGGGUGGAAGCACAUUCCUUUUCCAAGUUGCACUCGCGCUGCUUAAACUCAACGAGCAGCAAUUGUUAACGACUUGCUCGACGCCCGCUGCUCUAUACACGUACAUCAAUCACCAGAUGACCAACCACGCGAUCAGCAUCGAUGGCCUGAUCCAGGCCAGUGAAGCACUGCGCAAUGUGGUCCGCCGAGAAGACGUUGUUGCGCGCCGAGCUGUUGCCCUGCAGGAAAUGCGGGAAUUGAGCAGUGGCGGCAGCAAUUAA